AUGUGUGGCCUCAGCUAUAACCCCGAAGACCCGCCAAUCAUGCCCGAACGCCGCACCGCCCGCGUCCUCCAAUCCCUCGCACCCAACCAGCAAAAGAAAGCCACCACCGCCCAGAACCCCACCUCUGCCGCCUGCUCCUGCGGGACCGAAUUGACCGAGCUCCGCCAGGAGGUCUCCGAGCUCACCAGAGCCCUCAAUGAGAUGAAAGAGGUCAUGUAUGCGCGCCUCCUGUUCCCGCACAUGUCCCUCGCCGAGGCGCAAACGGACGCAACAGAGGUCACGUGGGAGCACGUCAGGCCGCCGAAGCGACAGCGCUCGGACAGCGCCCUGUAUCUGCCCGAUAUCCCGGAUGGGUUUUCGGACAGCACGGCGCACAGCUUGGUGUUUAAGCAGCGGACGAGGAACGCCGAGAAGGAGUGUGAGCGCGCAUGUAAGAAAUUCAAGAUCAACCCCGUGACUGGGGAACCGUUGGAAAACUUAUCAAAGAGGGCUAUGGUAGUGAAAGAAACACAUGAGCAGGCGAUGCGGGUGACGAGGCGCAUGGCGGUUGUGAUUGAGCACCCCACGUCGAGGGUGGAGAAGAGCAAGAGGGGCAGGUCAUCGACUUUGAGGGUCGGGAGAGGGAGGAAGUAA